AAGGAGAUAACUAAAAGUAACACACACUCACGGUCAGGGUUUAGCCUCUGCUAAUCAUCUUUCCUAACGUUAUGACACACUAUGUAACUGAACUAUUUCCAAAUGAGAGAGAAAGAGAGAGAGGUGGCAAAGAUGAAGUGAAGGAGGUGAGAGACGUAAAGCAAAGGGGAUCGUCACGAGAAUCAGUGGCAAGUCUUUAGCUUUUUUAGGAUUUUGAUGAGCUCUGCAAAAUUUUUCUAUCUUUUAUCUCUCCUCUUUUUUUUUUUUGAUCAGCCAUCUUCAUAAGAUCCUCGUGAUUCCUCUUUAACGCCUCCUCCUACUUUUCAAGAAAAACCUCUCUGAGAAAAAUAUUCAAAGUAUAUCUCUCCGUUUCUCUCGCCUUGUCUCCCUUUUCAGGUUUUCAUCUUUUUCUUCCACCUCCAAAACUCAAAAAAAAAAUAAAAAAAAUCAGUGAUAGAGCUAUGAACGGGGACGGAACUUGGCUUGGUGAAGCAUCUCAAGCAGGCGAUAACGAGGAUGAAUCUGGGACGUGGGUCAGAAACACAGAAGAAAACUGGUUUAAUAACCCACAACCACUACACCAUAACGACCUCAGAUUCAGUGGUGGACUUCCCUUGAAUCCUUCAGAGAAUCUCCUUCUCCUUCUUCAGCAGCAAUCUAUUGAUACCUCUUCUCCGUUGCAACACUUCACACUCGACUCUGCCCCACAACAACAACAACAAGAACAGUCUUUCUUGGCUACAAAAGCUUGCUUCACUUCUCUACUCAACGUCCCCACCAGUAACAACAACAACCCUUUUGAUGAACUCGGCUUCAGCUCUGGAUUUUUAGGACAAACACAUGUAAACCUGACACCAAGCUCCAUGAGUUUCUCUGGUCUGAGUUCACCACCGGACUUUCUCUCUUCCCGGUCAACUCACCUGCCGGAAAACACCACCGGAGUAGGUAACAGAUUCACUCCUCUGGAGUUUGCUGGAAUCACCAACGGCGUUUUCGAGAACAGAGCCAAGGUUCUCAAACCGUUAGACGUCUUAGCUUCACCUACCUCGCAGCCGACGCUCUUCCAGAAACGAGCUGCAAUGCGUCAGAGCUCAAGCAGCAAAACGUGCAACUCGGAGUCUUCCUCCGAGAUGAGAAGAUCAAGCUACGAGCGUGAGAAUCUCGAUGACGCGAGCACUGGAAUCACAGACAUCAUCUCCGAUGAGCAUAACAACAACAACAACAAAGGCAAGAAUAAAGGAAUGCCUGCUAAGAAUCUUAUGGCUGAGAGAAGAAGAAGGAAGAAGCUUAACGAUAGGCUCUACAUGCUUAGAUCAGUAGUCCCCAAGAUCAGUAAAAUGGAUAGAGCAUCUAUACUUGGUGAUGCUAUUGAUUAUCUUAAAGAGCUUUUACAGAGAAUCAAUGAUCUUCACACCGAACUUGAAACUACUGCUCCACCGAGUUCUUCAAGCUUGCAUCCGUUAACACCGACCACGCAAACGCUGAGUUACCGUGUUAAGGAAGAGUUGUGUCCUUCUUCUUCUUCCUUUCCAAGCCCUAAGGACCAGCAAGCUAGAAUUGAGGUUAAGUUAAGAGAAGGGAAGGCAGUGAACAUUCACAUGUUUUGUGGACGACGACCUGGUCUUUUACUUUCCACCAUGAGAGCUUUGGAUAACUUAGGAUUGGAUGUUCAACAAGCUGUUGUUAGCUGCUUCAACGGGUUUGCUUUGGAUGUUUUCCGCGCUGAGCAAUGCCAAGAAGGCCAUGAUGUGGUGCCUGAACAGAUCAAAGCAGUGCUGUUAGACACUGUCGGUUACACCGGUUUGGUUUGAUGAGUCCAGUGAAGAAGUAUCUGUGUGAAAACAGACCUACAUCUAAGCCUUUUCAUUAGUUCUGUAGUUUUCUUCUUACUUAGUUUUCAUAUGAUAACUGUUUUAUCUUUAGCUUUGAAACAAAACAUGUGUUUUGCUUUUUACAACUUUUUAUUUAGCUUUUCUUGAAGAAAUGUGUUUUCCAAAGAUUUGCUCUUGUACAAGAACACGUAGAACACACAUGGAAAAAGAGUAAAACAGUGCAUCCACACAAAAGAAAGCUGGUUUUAGCUUUAA